UCCAGCCGGAUGGAAGCGCGCACAUUUCACGCUCCUGAAGAGUAGAGAGCAAGAUGAACUUUGGCACCCAGUUUCCUGGGGCGGGCAGGAGGCGAGGCGAGGCGAGGCGCAGUUGAGAAGGGAAGAGGAGGAUACAGGAAAGCUCAGGAAGGAAAGCCGCAGAGGAGAAGAACAGGUGCGCAGGAAGAGUGCGCUGUCGCUGGCCGAACGCCUCGGUAUGGUACUGCUCGUGGUCAUGGGAGUGAGCGGCUCUGGGAAUUCACCAACCUCAUUCUCCCACUUGGGAUUUCUACUUCCGCAAAGUUCAGAUUUAUCAACUGUGGGCUCACUUCUGGCAGAUAAGCUAGGAUGGAAAUUCUAUGAUGGCGAUGACUAUCAUCCAGAGGAGAACAGAAAGAAAAUGGCAGAAGGAAUACCUCUGAAUGAUCAGGACAGGAUCCCAUGGCUUUCCCAUCUGCAUGAUAUAUUAAUGAGGGAACAUGCAACAGGACAAAAUGCAAUUUUAGCCUGCUCAGCUCUGAAAAAAAUGUAUAGAGGCAUCUUGGAGAAUGGAGCUACGGAUAGUCAACAAGAAGGGCCCAUCCUGCGAAAGAUUCUUUUUGUCCACUUAGCUGGGCCUAUGGACCUAAUUGCUAACAGACUAGGAAAAAGGAGGGGGCAUUUUAUGCCACUUGCUCUACUACAGUCUCAGUUUGAUACUCUUGAGCCUCCAUCAGUCCCAGAAAAAUUUAUUACUAUUAGUUUAGAAAAGUCUGUUUUAGAAAUAGUAUCUGAAAUUGAAGAAUAUAUAAGAAGCUUGGAUUGAUAUUUGCGCCAAGUUGGUUCCUAAAUUACAUCUCAAAAUAAGACUUGUCUCUAGUAAAAUUUCUCUUUUUCAUUAAACAAUACAAUUUUAUAUAUUUACUUUAUUAUUCUCUUAUGAAGAGCACAACAUUAAAGACAAUUUAGUUA